AUGAGUCUGUCUUUCAGUACAUCAUGUCAUACUCAGCCCUUUCCAGUAACUUACGUCUACAUCAAGGACGACAGCGAUAUCGACAACGGCAGCAACAGUAACAGCUAUAACAAUUGCGACAAUAACAUCAUCAACGACAACGACAACGCCAAUGAAAGUGACAGUGAAAGCGAAACUUACAGCGGUAGCAGAAAAGACAAUGACAACCUCAAUGCCAACAAUGACACUAACCGCAUCAAUGACAUUAGUUCCAUCACGCGUAGCAGUUUACUGGUAGCUCUAUGUACCAUCAACACUGCAACAAUAGCAAACAUGGUAACUAUCACAAAAACAACAAAGACAACGACCACUGCACCAACAAACAGGACUACGACAACACAACUUCAGCAGCAGCAAUAUCCACAACAUUAA